CUCACCCCCAAAGCCCUGUCUCUCUUCUCUCCCUCUCUAUGACAUAUAGAUCGAUCUAUCGAUCUAUCAUUUCUCGUUGGAGCUAGGGUUUGAUUGUUAAAUAAACUCUUCGAUCUAUUGGAUCUCAGAUCUUCGGAGUUUUUGUAGUGAUUUCUUCAUCGAUAAGCGUUGAUUUAGGUGGUAAUAAUGGAAGAGACGAAACGGAGGAUUUUUAUGCAGUAUGUGUUGCUGCUUUUGAUCGGUUGCUUUGCUUCUCAACUCUACGCGUCUUCUGAUGUGAAAUUUUACGAAUCGUUUGACGAAAAAUUUGAGGGGCGAUGGAUCGUGUCUGAGAAGGAGGAAUAUACAGGUGUAUGGAAACAUGCAAAGAGUGAGGGACAUGAUGAUUAUGGGCUUCUUGUGACUGAAAAGGCUAGGAAGCAUGCGAUUGUGAAGGAGCUAGACGAACUUGCAGAUCCAAAGGAUGGAACUGUCGUUCUCCAAUAUGAAACUCGCCUCCAGAAUGGACUUGAAUGUGGCGGUGCAUAUCUGAAAUACCUCCGACCACAGGAGGCUGGGUGGAUAGCCAAAGCUUUUGACAACGAGUCUCCCUAUACUAUAAUGUUUGGACCUGAUAAAUGUGGAGCAACAAACAAGGUUCACUUCAUUUUGAAGCAUAAGAACCCCAAGAGUGGGGAGUACAUUGAACAUCAUCUCAAGUAUCCACCAUCCGUGCCAUCUGAUAAACUAACCCAUGUGUACACUGCCAUUUUAAAACCCGAUAAUGAGUUGCGGAUCUUGAUUGAUGGGGAAGAGAAGAAGAAGGGUAAUUUCCUCUCUGCUGAAGAUUUUGAGCCACCACUAGUACCAGCCAAGACGAUUCCUGACCCAGAUGAUAAGAAGCCUGAAGAUUGGGAUGAGAGGGCAAAAAUACCAGACCCAGAUGCAAAGAAACCAGAUGAUUGGGACGAGGAUGCCCCUAUGGAAAUUGAAGAUGAGGAUGCUGUAAAACCGGAAGGAUGGUUAGAUGAUGAGCCUGAGGAAGUUGAUGAUCCUGAGGCAGCAAAACCUGAAGAUUGGGAUGAUGAGGAGGAUGGUGAAUGGGAGGCUCCAAAGAUUGACAACCCCAAGUGUGAAUCUGCACCUGGUUGUGGCGAGUGGAAGAGGCCAACGAAGAGGAAUCCAGCUUACAAGGGAAAAUGGCACGCCCCUCUUAUUGACAACCCCAGCUACAAGGGUAUCUGGAAGCCUCAAGAAAUUCCAAACCCCGACUACUUUGAGCUUGAGAAACCAGACUAUGAGCCUAUUGCUGCCAUUGGUAUUGAGAUUUGGACGAUGCAGGAUGGUAUCCUGUUUGACAAUAUUUUGAUAGCUAGUGAUGAGAAAGUUGCAGAAUCAUACAGGGAGACCAAAUGGAAGCCGAAGUUCGAAGUAGAGAAAGAGAAACAGAAGGCUGAGGAACAAGCUGCCGACCUUUCAGAUGGUCUCAAAGGGUUCCAGAAGAAGGUAUUUGACAACCUCUACAAGAUUGCAGACGUUCCGUUCUUGAGUGACCACAAGCCUAAGAUUUUGGAUCUCUUGGAGAAGGCUGAGAAACAAGCAAACUUGACGAUUGGCAUCCUUAUCUCAAUCGUGGUGGUUAUCUUCUCAGUGUUGUUGAAGCUCAUAUUUGGUGGCAAGAAGCCAGCAAAAACGGAAGAGAUUGAGAAGACAGAUGUGGCUGAGGCUUCAAACACUGAAGAAGUCACAGAGGAGAAGGAAGAGAAUAAUGAGGACACCACGCUGUGCCUCGCCGGAGGAGUACCAGGCGUGACAAUUAGGUACGGAGAGAGACAGAAGCACUAGAGGUUACUAGUUUUUUUGGUAGUUGUUGGACCUAGUUGUUUCCCAUGCUGAAUUUUUACUUGAGACCGCAAUUUUUUUUUCAUAUUAAGGUUUGUUUUGAAGCAAUUGUGUAUGACAAUGUAUAUGAGAUGAUAUCUGUAGGAUAUUGAUCACCUUGCAUGGAUUUCAAAUUCGGAGAAUUUUGAAGUUCAUUACUUCUCAAAAUGCAUGAAAGGAAGAAAUUGGAUGUAAACUGUUGUCAUGGUUGGCUAGCUAUUGAAACAUCAUUUAUGCAGCGUAGUUUGACGAAUUAGUUCUUUAAGCAAUUGCUUUUAAUUGACUAUGAAGGGGAAAAAAUAUUGAACGUAGUUGUGAUAGUACAUCAAUGUCACGUGGUUUUACCAAUCGAUGAUAGAAUAUCAAGUGAAUUUAUA